AUGUCAACGACAGACGAGUUAAGCACACUGAUACAAAAUUUACAAAAAUGUAAUAACACGAAUGAAUGUAUAAACUUUGACUUAGUUAGUACGAUACAAGAAUUCUUAAAUUGUUUAGAUAAAAACGAAUUUGAAGAUUUGGAUAAACGAAUAAGCGAAAAUGAAAAGGAAAAAGAAAAGGAUCACAUGAACAGCUUCACAUCUGCAGCUAUUUUUGUUGAAAACUGUGUAAAAGUGUUUGGCCUAAAAAUUGAACAUUUACACAAUUUAGCUCAUAACACAUUAUAUAAUAUUCAUAAAGAAAGCAAAAAUAAUAAUACGAACAAGAAACCAUUAUUAACAUCUUAUGAAGAAGAAUAUUUAUUUAUUAAUGAAAUAAGAAAUUUAAAAAAUAUUACUAAUGAAAAUGAGCAAGUGGAAGACGAAACACUAGUAAAAACUAUCCCCUUACCUACCUUUCUUUUUUCGGAAAAUGUGAAAAAAAAGGAAAAUAAUGAAGAUAAUAAAAAAUGUUCGACAUCUAACAGCCAAAUAAUGAGGUUGACAGAGGACGAAUUGGGCAAAAAAAAAAAAGAAGCUAAUGAAGAGAGUGUAGCUAAAGGAAAAGAUAGGAAUAAGACGGAUAUGUCAGAUGGCCUAGAUAGCGCGAAUGAACGCAUUGAAGAACAGAUUACAGAAAUAGAAUUGAUCGAAAAGAAUUCCAUAAAUUCCCUCAAUUUUGAUAAAAUAUUUCUAGAGAAUGAUGGAAUAUUACUUCUAGAUAUCAAUGACUAUAAUAUUUUCAUAGAUGAUCAACAUGAUUUUUCAAUUAAGAAUAAGAAUAGCACAAUCUUAUUUGAAAAGUAUGAUUUCUUUUCCAGACAUUCUACUUAUAUAUCUUCUAAUAAUUUGAGUAAAUAUAUAGAACCCAAAAAAAGUGUAGAAGAUAUUUAUAAAAUUUUUACUAUUAAUGACCUUCUAUCUGAAAAGCUUCCUUCAGACAUAUUCUUGUUUAAACAGCAUUUUUCUGACUAUGAUUUCUCUUUAGGUAUCUUGAAAAAUAAAAAAUAUGUGUUAAACAAAUUUCAAGAUCAAAAAAAAUAUUUUUAUAUACUUGAUGAUAAUACACACAUGGAUAAUAACAGACCCAUACAAUUGUUGGAAAAAAAUGACAUAAAUAAAAAGUUACCUAACUAUUAUAUUUUGAACUGUUAUAAUAUAAAAAAUUCCAAAUAUUUUCUAACGUAUAUGCAACCUAGUCAAAUUUUAGAUAUUAUUAAAAGAAACGAGACAGGUUACAGGGGUGAUUUGAUGGGGGAAUCCGCACUAUUCUCUCCCCAUGAGAAUAAACAAAGUGUCAAGGAUGCCCAAGAUACCACUUCUAACAACGCCAGCAAUGAUAGCAGCGCUUUCGAUGAGAACGCUUCUAACUUGUCCAACGACCAGAAGCUGUUCAACCAAAUAAGAAUACCCGACAUAUACAUCCAAAAGCUGGGCCUAAAUUUCUCGUACUACCACCUAGAGCCAUUACUGUACUAUUUGAUAAAAGACUUGAAAAAAAAAAAAAAUGUGGAAAAAUUUUUUUCUAUUAGCUUUAGUGAUGAAAAUGCUAACUACGAUUUUGACAUAUUAAAAGAUGAUGAAUACCAAGAGGGAAAGGAUUUGGAAGGUGCGACCGUUGAAGAGAAGUUAACUAUGGAUAAUUUCAUGGAUGCGCGAUCCUUAAAUGAUGAUAUAAACGAUGAUCUUCCCUUAGAGGUUUUCUAUAAGAAGGACUCCGGAGAUGGGUUUUUUGUUCCAUUCGACGAAGAUAUCCACGAGAGAGUGAACAAGUGGAAUAUAUUCCUCGAGGAAAAGCUUGAACUCUUAAGGAAACAGCCACGAUACGAUGUGGAUAUUUAUAAAAAAAAUAUCAUCAAUUAUACUAUGAAUUGUGGAGAUAAAAUACCAUUUACCAAUCUCAUAAGAGACAAAGAACAGUAUCAAAUUUGCAGAAAUUUCUUAACAAUUCUUAUGCUAAUAAAUACGGAUGUUUUAAAUAUAAAAGAGAUAAAACGUAACCAUGGUUUUUCCAAUGAUGUUACUAACUAUGAAAUUAAUAUAAAAAAGGAAAAUGUUCAGGAAUAUCUUAGCGCUUCUAAACGAUUUAAAAAUACUAGUUUUGCCAUAAAAGACAAAAAAAGAAAAACUGAAUUGAAAAAUGGAAACAAGGACAUUUAUCCCUCCAAAAGAAAAACUGAAGCGAAAAAUGGCUAG